CUUCUCUCCGGAUCAAGUCCCCGGAUCCUCCGCAGCUUGUCUCCACUUCUAGCCUCCACACAGGCUCAGCUAACCGGCGCGGAUCUCAGCGAGCACCCGGAGUAAUGUGAGCGAACACCCGCAGCUCCAGUCACCGACAGUCGCUCGAACGUCCCUACCGCUGCGAGGAAGAGGAGGAGGAAGAGGAGGAGUUCAUUUACCGGGUCGUUACCCGUCGCUACCCGCUCACAAGACCGACUCGGCUGCCGUAACAGCUCAAAAAGAAGAGAUGCCUCAGAAGCAGAAAUCCCGACGCUCCUGGUUGGAGUUGAAACAAGCCGGAAACGACCGCUUCAAGACGGGUCAGUAUGGAGAGGCCAGCGGUCUGUACAGCGAGGCCAUCAGGGAGCUGGAGAAGGCCAGUGAAAAGAAGCCAGAGGAUUUGGCCAUUUUGUACUCGAACCGUGCAGCCAGCUACUUGAAGGAAGGAAACUGUGCAGAGUGUGUGAAAGACUGCAACAUGUCUCUGGAGCUGCAGCCGUUCAACGUGAAGUCUCUGCUUCGCCGUGCGGCUGCGUCUGAAGCCGUGGAGCGAUACAGGCUGGCGUACGUGGACUACAAGACGGCUCUGCAGAUCGACUGCAACAUCGCAGCCGCUCACGAAGGCACCAACAGGAUGUCGAAGGCGCUCACAGAGGCAGACGGCCCCUCAUGGAGAGAAAAGCUUCCUCCCAUCCCCACGGUUCCUCUGUCCAUCAGAGAGAAGCUCACCCAGCAGAGUCCAAACAACAUCCUGAUACCAACCCCAGCGCCGCAACAGAACGGCAGCAGAGAAGCAAAGAAAAAGGCUCCCAGUGAUAAAAACAUCAAGAAAGCCCAGGCGCAGAAAGAAGAAGGCAACGCUCUGGUGAAGAAAGGCGAGUUUAGAAAGGCCAUAGAGAAAUACAGCCAGAGCAUCAAGAACAACCCCACUGAGAUCACCACCUACACCAACCGGGCGCUGUGUUACCUGUCAGUGAAGCAGUACAGCGACGCUGUCAGAGACUGUGACGACGCUCUGAUGAUUGACAGCGGCAACAUUAAGGCUCUCUACAGGAGAGCUCAGGCUCACAAGGAACUCCAGGAUCUUAAGACGUGUGUGGACGACCUGAACAACCUGCUCCACGUGGAUCCAAAGAACACGGCUGCACUGAAGCUGAUGGAGGACGUGCAGAUGAUGAAGUGAGGAAGCAUCAGGGAGCGCGGAGGCAGCGGUGAGGAUCCGUCCCUGCACCGAGUGAAGAGCGGAGAGGACGACGGGUUAAUGAUGUUUUUAUAAGAGUCGUAAAGCAGCCGAGCCGCGGCGCCACUCAAACGGCAGAACGUGCGUUUCCCAAAAGCUCCUUCACCCCGAACUCGUGUUCACUCUCAAACAUAAGUUCGGACUCGAGACGCUUCUGGAAGAAGAGGAGAAGCGACGCGGCCGCGUUCAGCCUCGGGAACGUUUACCAGUUCGAGUUAAAAAGCUAAAAAUAUAGACACACACACGAUAACUGCAACUAUGAAACAUGAAAAAUGAAGUUCAGUGCUAAAGCUCUGUCGUCACGAAAAAACUUCAGCACUGAAAGUUCGUUCUUCUUAUUUACAACCUGAGAUAUUAAAGUAUUUCCUCAAGUGCAACAAAACUGACGGCUCAUACAUUUAUGUUCGUGCAGUCACAUUAUUCAACAUCAGUUCUGGGUUUGAGGGGAACUGGGACAAACAUUAACUUAAUUAAUAUUGAAAAGUUCAGAAAUCAGUAAUUUUGAUCGACAAUCAGUCCAAAAAACAAAAACCCAUUAAAAGUGGAUCAAAUACUUUACAGUUGAGAAGCUGUAACCGAAGAAUAGUUUGAGGUUUUUGCUUUUAAAAAUUGACGAAACAGAUUUUCCAAACCUGCGUAAAUGUAUUUACAUGAAUGUUGCUCCACAAGUUGGAUCCUUAUUGCUGCUGAUUUCUGAGUAGAACCAAAUGAAAAUUAAUUUUGGAGCCUGACACCAACAUUAAGCAGUAAAACAAAUUACAGCCUUAUUUGCAGAAACAUAUACGAAACAAAUUCCCAAGAUGUUUUCAAACUCUUAUGACAAAGAAAUUAAAUUGAUUGUAAUUGGCUCAAACUAUAAACGUUUUAAUAAAUAACUUAAAAGAAAAUCCAAUAUUUAGAAGUUGAGUUCAGAAACUUGUAUUUAUUCUGUAAUCGACCAACAGAAGCAGAAACUGAUUCGUCUGUGAAAAGAUGAAUCAGCUGGAAACUACUGACGAAAACAAUCAUGCCACGUUUUAACAUCGGUGUUAAUAACGGUUUAUUCCAUAUUUCAUUCACACGCCAGUUUUUUUCACAUGAUUUACUUAUUUAUCCUACGUUUUGUUUUUCUGAGGUUUUGAUUUCAUGUGAGAGUUUGAAAAUUUCCUCCAAGUUGCGAUCGCAGUUUGAUUUUCACGUAAACAGACUAAAACUGGUAAAUUCUACAAAACAAGACCCGACGCAGCAUCGGUCUUUAGUCGUUUGCUCAGUUUGCACAUUGAUUUGAAAGCGUCACUCCAGCCCGUCCCCUAGCGCCACCUGUUGUGCUCGACAGGAAGUGUUCUCACCUUCCCUCGUCGGCCUCAAUCCUCGAGUUCCAUUUGUUUAUCUCAUUAGAAUUAAAGCAUCGGUUUGUUCCGGUUCAAACAUGUUUUCAGACGGGUCUUCAUCCAAUGUACUGUCGGGGUUUCUUUUUCUUUGUUUUAUUGUGAAAUACGUGUCGGCUGCUCUGGAUUUAGUUUCCUCUGAUCUGUUCAAAGUAUCAAACAUCAAUUUAUGUCUCAGAAACAGAAGGAAAAACAAACGAAAGGCCCUGAAGUUUACGAGGAGGAGGAACAUAUCUGCGUCUGUUGGUGUUUGAAAGAGUCGAGACGCUGCGCGCUGGGAAAAUGUUCACGUUAGAGAUUCUUGGUUUUAUCACAUUUCUGUUCUUGUAACUUGUUCAACCUGCUUCUGUUUUAACUGCAAAUAAAGUGCAAAGAUCUGAA